AAUAUUCAGUCCGUAUUCGUUAACAGCCGCUAACGGUUUGCUCCGGCUGUUCCGAUUCCUUCCUAUAUAUAUAUCCAUAUAUACAUAUAUAUUUAUAUACACGAUCCUUGCAGGAUAUAAGCACACACAACUGCACGAAACAUGUCGAAAGUGACGCCAAGUGCCGGCAACAAUGCCAACAGCAAUGACAUCUACAACAUCGUCCUGCUGGUGGUGGACAUCGUGAUGCUGAUCGUCAAGUUCUGGAUCGCCGUCGUGGAAGCCGCCGUUGGACUCUUCCGCCCUGCGCCAUUGGAUGAUGUCAGCGGCAAGGUGGUCCUGAUCACCGGCACUGGCCACGGCAUGGGCAAGCAGAUGGCCCUGCAGUACGCCAAGCUGGGCGCCAUCAUCCUCUGCUGGGAUGUCAACGAGCAGACGAACAACCAGACCGUCAAGGAGAUCAAGAGCAGCGGUGGCAAGGCCUUCGGUUACGUUUGCAAUGUGACCAAGCGCGAGGAGCUGAUCGAGCUGGCGCAGAAGGUGCGCAAGGAGCACGGAUUCGUUCAUGUGGUGGUCAACAAUGCCGGCAUCAUGCCCUGCCAUCCGCUGCUGGAGCACACCGAGAACGAGAUUCGUCUGAUGUACGACAUCAAUGUGCUCUCCCACUACUGGAUCAUCCAGUCCUUCCUGCCCGAGAUGAUUGAGCGGAAUGAGGGCAGCAUUGUGGCCCUAUCCUCCUGCGCCGGACUCUUUGGACUGAUCAACCUGGUGCCCUACUGCGGCACCAAGUUCGCCGUCCGUGGCUACAUGUCCGCCCUCGCCGAGGAGCUGCGUCAGAAGAAUCCCCAGAACAAUGUCAAGCUGACUACCAUCUAUCCGUAUAUGAUCGAUACGGGUCUGUGCAAGAAUCCCCGCUACCGGUUCCCCAAGCUGUUCAAGCUCAUCCCCGCCGACGUAGCCGCCGGCUCGAUCAUCGAGGCCCAGCGCCAGGGAUUGGAGGAGGCGGCGAUUCCGCGCCAUUUCGUGGCCGUGGAGAAGAUCGGUCGCCUCAUUCCCCGCAAGGCGAUGCGAUUGGUCAACGAUUUUCUCGACACGGGUGUGGAUACCGACAAGCACUAGAGCUCCAAGUGCCUGCAUUUAACACCCUACUACUACUACUACUACUACUAUCGCCCAGUAGAUCAUAUAGCUUUAUUGUUUUUCCCAUUCGUUUGCUUUAUGUUGUUUCUAUUUUUUUUUUUUGAGUGUGUACUAUUAUCUCCUUUUAAUUGCCGUGUAGAGAAGUGCAACUAAUGGCUAUAUGAAAAGUGAAUUUAGCGAGCACAAUUUAGCUGUUAGAAAGGUUGUUACUUAAUUAAAGGCGAACGUUUGUCGGUCUAAUUGUGUUGGUCGUAAUAAAGGUCUCCAAAGAGUA